AGUGCAGGGGGACAUGACUAUGUGAUAGCGUAGGUUGUGCCGAUUGCAAAUAUAUGUUAAAUAUAUGUGUAGCAAAUAAAAAAACUAUAUAAUUAAGGCGCUCGAAGAAAAGACGGAGGACAAGACGCUGUGUUUUCUCUUUUCAAAUGACCGGACUAUUCCACUAUCAGUAACCAAACUCCACCCACUCAUUACAAAACCUUUGCACAUUUAAACCGAAAGCUCACUAACGUUUUGUGAUAACGUUUGGUCGCGGGAGUCAUUUUCUCUCCUAUUUUUAUUUAUAAAUUGCACAAUUACUUGAUUUAAAAAUAUAUAAGGUUGUACGUGCAUUUCAUGAACGAACUAUACUCUCCCAACGUAAAUCGUGAGAACUGAUGCUGCCAGCCGGGAAAAGUCCAAGCUCUUCUGGACAUCCUGAAUGGGUUUGGGGUGCGAAAGUGUCGGGAAUGACAGAUGUUCUUCCCAAGAGAACGUCGCUUUGAAGUGGGUCGUAGAUGGCCAAGUGCUGCUCCGCGAUAGAAUUAUCCAUGUCAGUCUGGAAAGACGAAGAGACUCGGCCCUCAGGCAGAACCUCAGAGUAGUGAUACUGGACCCAUAUCCAGUCAGACCAUUCGAAGGCGAGGGGACAAAGAAGACAGACAAAAUUGAACGGGAAGGUGUAAAUGACUUAGGGUUACUACAUUGGCACAGUUUCCUCGCCCGGCAACAGUCGAAGAAUGACGAGGACGCUCAGAGCAGGUGGAGACAGGAAGGGCCCGUUCAUCUGAACUGCCCCACACACUUCCUGCCAUUCAGAAGCCCGGGGGAAUAUCAACUGGUCAAACAGACCUACCUGUUACUUCAAAGCAGUGGUUUCUACUGGGGCUCUCUCUCCAUGGGGGAUGCCCAUCACAUGCUCAGAGAAACCGCCCCGGGAACCUUCCUCAUCAGGGACAGCUACCAGUGCAACGUGUUCUUCACGCUGAGCUACCAAGGGGAAGACCACCCCAAGAGCAUCCGUCUGCUGCUGGCCAAUCACCUGUUCGGCAUGGACGGCAGCAGCAAGACUUUUGAUUCGCUGUUUGCCCUGCUGGUCCACUACAUCACCUCCUCCAAGAAGAUCGUGGCGCCGUACCGCUGGCAGCGGCCUGAGACGCUGCAGCAGCUGGGCAGGAGGGCGGUGAUCCGGGCCCACGGGGCCCACACCAUCGACUCUCUGCCUGGACUCAGUGCCCAGGUUAGGGCCUACCUCCACGCCUACCCGUUCUGGGUUUAGGGAGGCGGCCAGCGGGACACAGAUACAUUGGUUAAGGCCCUUGGGGGAUGUGCGUAUCAUCAUGCUGUACUUGAUGGGGUUGAUGAACUGUACUAAUUUUAUGAUGUUUCGUUUGAAAUAUUGUCUUGUGGAGAAAGACUUGAAAUUGGGAUGCUGGAGUGUGGAGAUAACCGAUCGUAGUGUAGUGGGUAUUACCGUGUGAGUUAUUUACAAAAUAAAUAAUUAAUGGUUUUAUAUAUGAGA